AGAUGAAUGGUAUACUGAAUGACGAAGGUCUACUGGAUAUAAGGUGCAUUAAGUUAUUCAACUGUUGGUUUACGAUACUUUAGAUGUUUCGAAGAUGUGGAUAGAAAGGGCUGUAAAACUGAUUUUAUAUAUAUUGCAAAGAAAAUGAUCAAUAUUCUGUAUGUACAGUAUAAUGCAGCGUAAAUAUUUAUUUAUGGCGAUUUAUCAUUUUAGUAUUCAACCCAACAAAAACGGACAAUUCGGUUUAAAUUUUAAGGUAAAAAUACAAUUUUUAUCAUCGGUCAGUGACCUUCAUCAAAAUUUUAUGUAUAUAUUUCUUCUGGUUAUUUUUUAACAGGGAGGUGCUGAGCAAAAACUGAAACCAAUUAUCACUCAAAUAGCACCAAACUCACCGGUAAUGUAUUCUAAAUCACAUGCAGCUUCUACAGUUCAGCACAAAAUGAAUUAGUCAUUCCGGUGAGGAGACUGCGACCGAGUAUUCAAAGUAACAAUACAAGGAAAGCUCAAAAUUAGUAAUAGGCAUACAAAGUUUGACCACAUCUGAACUCACUUACAACAAAUUGCGAAAUAAUGUAUUUUAUUUUAGUGCCUUAAUGUAUCCAAAUGUAGUCAAACUCUGCAUGUGUACCUACAAAUUUUACUGCUUUUACAUUGGUAAAGUUUAUUUCUUGAUUUUGUUACUUUUAAUGUAGCCCCGUGGGUCCCAUUCCUCAUUAACUUCGGAAUGUCGAACUGACACAAACUAAUGCUCAACCAGUGUGGAGAUCUAUCGUUAUAAGACCCCAUCUCUCAAACUAUAACAGAAAGAAAAACAAAACCUUCUUGACAUUUCGAGAGGUCUUUGUCAGGAGAGUUAGUAGGACUAUAAUAACAUUCCCAAGCUGACGAAAAGUAUUACCAAAAAGUUGUUUAUACUAAUUCUACAAAAUCGCUAAGUGUAAAGAAUUUGAUGAUCCAGCUUUCAAAGAGAAAACUUUACCUUCAAAACUUUAGCCUGUUUUUUUUCGUUUUUACCAGGCAAGUAUUUGUGACCCACAGCUGCAGGAAGGCGACGAAAUUGUAUAUAUUAACGGAAGAAAAGCAGAACAACUUAGUCAUGAACAGGUAAUAUAGUAGCUAGCACUCUUAUAUUGGUAUAGGUGUUGUUAUAGGACUUCGUAUAUCAUUCAGAAAUUUAAUAGACAGUGCUUUUUUAUAGAUCUGUUGUCUCAUUCGAUCAAUCGGUCAAUCCGCAACAAACAAAACUUUAACUUUAUCUGUCCGGCCAUUUGGUAAGUAUGGUAUAUCAACAAUCGCUUAUUUUAGUAAGCAUAUAAGGGCCUAUACAGACCGGACGCGAUUCGGCAACGCGACGCGAAUUUUCAAUUUUCAAUGACAUUUAACUUUAAUAUUUUUCUAUGUUUUUCAAAUAUUCGUAAUCACUUAAGCGAUUUUAACUAUUUGGUCUGCAUAUAUUGUAAAAUUUUUAUCCGUUCACGGUUUUAUUUGUUUUUAAAAACUGAAAAUUCGCGUCGCGUUGCCGAAUCGCGUUCGAUCUGUGUGGGCCUUAAUGGUCCGUUUACACUUGCAAUAUUUGCUGCGAUUUCUAGUACGUCGUUUUUUCUUCUAAUGGAUGUGAACGAGUGCAUGCAUGAGCUUUGAAAGUUGAGAUGAAGAUACAUACACAGUAUACUGAGAACAUUCAUAACUCAUCUACUCGUUCACAUCCAUCAGAAAGAAAAAUCGCACUAUAGAAAACGGAGCAAAAAUUGCAAGUGUAAAGGAGCCUUAAUGAAGAAGUUGACACGCAGCAAGCAAAUUGAACUACAUCAUUCAGUUCUAUUUUUUGCCUAAAACAUUACUCUAUAUAUGGAUAUGCUGUAAUGAAUAUAUAACAUUAUUUCCUUACUGUGAUAACUGACAGUUGACCAAUACACUGCAUGUAUCUGCUGCCACGACAGUGCCUGCAGGUGAAACUCACCCACAUGUUAUACAUUUGUGCAUGUGUACAAUUCGAAAGCAUGAUUUUAUAUACUUUUAUACUUCUGCAGCAACGUUUAUUUGUUGUACUUUUUGGGCCAUGGAGGUGUGCAUGUUUUUGUACGCCCUUUUUGUGUUGCCAUACACUAAGUUGGGUAAUCUCUGUACAUGCAUGGUAUAGUAAUGAUGCGCGUUGGCCGAGAGUAACAGGAAUCAGUGAAAAGUGCACCAAUGCAUCUAAAUUAUGCAGCCAUGCAUGCAAACGUGUAAAUUGAGCAAACUAGAGUAUAGCACUGUAUUGUAGGUAAUAGAGAGGUUAAGCAUGGUUUGCUUGAGCUCCCUAUAAAUUAUAGUAAGAAAUUAAAUGUUUCUAUGUAGCUAGAAGUUUGCCCAAAUGUUUUAACGAAAAUAUGUGACACACUUUCUCUCGCAUUGUAACGCAGUUAAAAAAGGACUUAUAGUGUUAAAUGUAAUUACCCAAUACCCAGUUUAACAUACCUAAACCGUUAUUCCUAAACAUUAUUUUGAUCAUUUGUUGCUAGGGAGCAUAGAGAAUCAUGAAAUUAAGAAUUCUGAAAUGAAGAAUUCCCCAAACCAUGGUAUAUCUUCACAACUGCUGACUUCUAUGGCGCAGAUUAAACAGGUAAAUGUUAUACUAACUAUAUAUAGUACAUUGAUUAUUGAUAUUCUGCAUGCAGAUUGUACAUUUAUAGAUUCUUUAAUUAGCAACAUCGUGACAAGCUGGAUUAGGGCGCCAUACCUCUCCCAACGCUUUCUAAGGUAAUGGCAAUAAUAUUUGGCUGCUGAUGAAGAAUUAAGUUGCAGAAAUAUUUGUAUCUCGGGGAGGGCGGUAUUAGAUUUAUUGAAAUUGGUGUUAGCCUCAAAAUAUGGUAAAAGAUCAAAAGAAAAAUUGACGAGAUGUUGAUUGUUGCGUCAACAUCAAUUCAAUAUUGUAAAUAUAUUUUCGUUGAACACUUUUAUCUUAAACAUUGAAGAAAACUUGAUUACCAUCAACCAAAGUCCACUUUACUCUUAUGUCGCAUUUCAUCUUCAGUCAAGACGGAUUGCCGGAUAAAAUCUGACCUAGUAACGAUAUUUUCCUUUAGAAACUUAUAUUGAUUUUUCAUCCGUUGAGUACGAAUUGAGUGUACAUGUAUUUUGACUGACGUAUCUCCAUGGUUUUUCUCUUAUAUCUAGGGUCUAGAAAACGGUGACUUGCUGGCGUUUUAUGUUGUAAGUUAUUGUCAGCUAUAAUUUAGACAUGUAUAAUAUAUAUACUGUACUUUUCGCAAUGGAACACGAGUGCACGACGAUUGAUGCGUUGAACCACCUUCCCCCAGUUGAAUGUCAUGUUUAUUUUGUGAAGGACAUGCCGAAGAAGAAACUUGAAUUGUCGACUGAGAUAGCUCAUUUUCCAGAGAACAAGACCAAAAAUAGAUAUCGUGAUAUUUUACCAUGUAAGUGAAACGUCAAAAUGUAGAAAAGCCUAAAGGAGUGCAUCUUAGUCUGCGUGUAAUCUGUAGGAAAUGUACUGCACGGUGAUGAUUAGAAGUAUACGUUUGGAAAUAAAUAUAAGAAACGCGUUGACUCCAAUCCAUUACAAUUAUCAUUGACCAUGUAAAAUUACAACGAACUAAAUAUAUGUUGCACUUUAUUUGUAACGUUCUUAUUUCCAUUCUAACAGAUGAUUUCAACAGAGUUGUAAUUAGUGGAGAGAAUGAUUAUAUCAAUGCAAGUCACGUUCAGGUAACAAGAAAGUUCAAAUAUAGUGUUAUCAAAUUUAUCGAAGAUAAAAGAGGGAGAAUACUGUAGGUUGCCCAUAGUCUCAACAUUGAUGGGUGUGGGCCGAUCAAGCACGGAUCGAGGGUAUAUGGUUGUUUUAUUCAAGCCAAACUACUUUUACCUGUUUUCAUUAAUGGAACCGUUGCUUUGAUGUGAUGCCAGUUGUACGAAAGAGCGGAUAGCGCUAUCCACCGGAUAGAGAGUUUUCUAACAUUGUCCAUUGAUUGGUAUAACCAAGAUUAAACUUUAGUAUUUAUAAACUAUAGUUUCUUUUUAUUAAUUGUGAAAUCCAUUUGUGUAGUUUUAUAUGGCUUUUCAAGAAGCAUUUUGAAAAAUCACUAUGCGCUAUUCGACUUUUGAAUUGUAGAGCCCCUCUGCUUGCUUGAUUCAUACUAUAAUUUAACAUUCUAUCAUGUAAUUAAAUGUUUAAUAAAACCAUUGUUUUGUUUUUAGACCGAUAUAGGUUAUUCUGGAAUGGUAAACGAGUACCUUGCAGCACAAGGCCCAUUGUCUGAUACAUGUGGUGAUUUUUGGCAAGUAAGUGACUUGUUCAUUAAUUGCAUGUCCUCAAACAUUUGAAGUGUUGAAAUAAAUGCGCUGAAGAUUUCGAAUUUGACUGAAUACUGUGAAAUCAUUUUCAACCGUGUUAUAAAUAUCGCGUUGUUAUUAUAUCAAGCCAGUUAGCCAGUCAGCAUAUUGACAUUGAUAGUGCAUAUAGUACUUUGAAUAGUUAUAAGGUGGAAGAUGCGGUUAACAAGAUUGCUUAACUACUAGCCUGCUCACAGCCCGAAAUUUCGUUCAAAGGAAACCGGAACUGCUGCUGUGCAUGGGGGCUGCUGAGCAGGCUACUGACUGCAUGAGAAUAUAAACCCUAGUUGCGUCAGUGCCAGUGUCCCAGCAGAUUUGGACCCCCCUCAAAAUGAACCAAAUCCGCCAGCGAAUAUGGACCUAUGGGAGUCUUUAUUUAACGCGCUACCCUGCCAACAUGUUGCAAUUUUAAGGACCUUUGGGGACCCCUUUUGAACUGAGGGCCCGAGGCAAAAUGCUCUGCCCCCUCUCGGCAGCUCUGCCUGCCACCGUUGGUCGAGGGUAAGGUACAUAGUUAUGAUGAGUGAUUACCCUGCUGUGUGCGACCAGACAUGCGUCGUAUGGUGGUCGCCAAAGGCACGUUGUAAGACUUCGACAGGAUCACGCUUGCCGCGGCAUCUCUUGUGAUUCAGCGCUUGAGCUGCAAUACACCUUUCCAGAAAGUACACCACCUUGGCAAUAUAUAGAGACUCGUUUUUGUGAUUACGACGUUCGAUUACGACAUGUCACACACACGAAAUCAAGGCUUUAUGGCCAAAGUGACGUAUACUUUACGAAGGGUGUAUACAGGAUUAGUUUCCCCUUUCCCCAACGUUACUUUACCUACUUUACCAUUUUGUGAGUUUAAACGUUUUGUUGAUAGAUGAUCUGGGAUCAGGAAGUGAGUCUUGUUGUGAUGUUAACUACGACCAUGGAAAACGGAAAGGUACGAUAUUUAUUGACUUAGUUUCGUCUAGUUGUCGAUAUCAAAUAAACCAUUGAAAAAACGAAAACGUGUCGAGAGAGUUGUUGAUCGGCAAACAGAGACGCUAAUUUGGUAUUGAGUGCAGAAUUUCCAACAAGGAUGCGUUGUAUAGUAUUUUAACCGCCAGAAUUGCCACAAGUUUCAUAAAUUUUCGCAACAGAGAUUUGUGUACUAUCUUUCUCUAGAGACACAGGCUCUUGUCUCGUACGUACAUUCUAAUCCUGGUCUUUUAAAGUGCUUCUAUAAAUUCGUGAAAUCCGAGUGGGAAAAAAAGUGGCUCGAAUCAGGCAAAUGUUCGCAUCUAGUGAAAUGUUUGUUUGGAGAUUGGAGCUUUUCGAUUGCCAGACGUUUAAUAGGUGUUGCCUGGACUUUCCAAAACAGGGUUGUAAAAGGAAUGGGUCUUGAAGAUGGAAAUUAUCGAGUGUAAAUUUUGUGUAUAAUAGGUCCCUAGCAGGAAUUGAACCUGCGAUUCCGGUGCAGCGCUCUAUCCAACUGAGUUGAAGAGUCUUGUAGAUAGCUUUGGUCUUUAUAAAUCUUCUGAAAGCCCAUUUGUUUUAAAUGUUUGGGAACACGAUUAGCUAUAGUGUCAUGUAUAGUCUAAUACCAUUAAAUACAAAGAAAUUUUAAACUACAUAUAUUCAAAACAUAAUUCUUACUAUACAAUGUAGUAAAUAUUUCCUAUUUAAUUUGUAAUCACUAUAUAGCAACUUUAUUUCAGUGCACUAUGUCUAAUGUAUACACUUUGUGGCGCGAUUCAAAUUCAGAAACUAUAUAUUGAAGCAGAUAUAUUGUGUUUGUUUUAGACUAAAUGUCAUCGUUACUGGCCUGAAUGUGGCGAGCACUUUGAAAUUGGUAACUUUGAGGUCUCUCCUAUAUCAUCACGUGAUUAUUCACCGGCAUAUAUUCACCGCGAACUGACAGUAACUGAUCUUGAGGUAAUUGUUUGUCUCUUCACAAUUCUCGAGUCUCUUUUGGUUACGAAUUGAGUUUCAACUCAAAAUUCUUCAUGUUGUUUUCAGAUGCUCUAUUCCUGUUUAUGAUUAUAUAUUUUUGGAAGUGGGUUUCAUCAGGAUUUUUUUAUCUACUAAAUACCAAGACGUUUCUUCACAACUGCAUGAGGGGAAGCCAAGGCUUUUAAAAAAAUUAAAUUUCUCUAGGUGUUUGGAUUUUGGGUAUCCUGAUAAAACACGCUUUCCAGUGUUUGAUAUUAUGUUUCUUCUGUCUUGGGUCUGUUAUCCAAACGCCGAUAUAGUGUUUAUUUCCUUCGUUUUUAGCUCGGAAUAAUUAAUGUUUUGGCCGGGAAUGUUAUAAUUUAAACGAAAGAAAACUCUGUUCAUUUUCAUAGGCUAGGUCCAGAUGAUAAUAACCCCCCGUUGUUUUUCUGUUAUAAAAUAAACAUGUAUUUUCAUACUAAAAAAAUGUUAAAAAUGAACUUCUGAAGUUAACCAACCGUUACUCUGCCUAGCCAUAAUUAUAUACAUUCAGAAAUUUUUCUACCAGAAACAAAUAUUCAUAUUCUUACCAGAGCUAUUCUUACCAGAAAUAGUCAUAUUCUUACCAGAGAUAUUCAUAUUCGUACUAAGAAUAUUUACAUUCUAGCUUACUAGAAAUCUUCAUUUUCAAACUGCAGAACAAAGGGAAAAAUUAAAAUACUGUACCAUAACCAUUUACCAUUAAUGCCAUUAAUGGUAAAUGGUUAAACAUGGUUUUUGAAAUUUAAGAAAUUUAUAAUGACCAAUUAUGGUAUGAGAAUUCAGUUUUUCCUUCAAUGGUAUAGUUAAGUUUUUCCAUAAAUGAUGUAGCCUUUCCAUUGGUUCCACAUGGCCACUAUUGGAAUUUUUUCCUGUGAUAGUUAAGAAUUCUUCUUCCACGCCCCGAGUUGGAUAUUAUUCUCGUCAGCAUAAAAAUUACACUGGUAUAGAACAUUUCAAGUAGAGCUAGAAGCCGUUCGUUCAUUCGUAUGUUUGAGGUUGAUCACGACCCAAUUUAAAGAGUUUGCUUUUUUCACUUUCAUCAUAGACGGACGAAGAGAGAACGAUUCAACAUCUGCAGUACACAGCAUGGCCCGAUCAUGGUAUGUUGUAGAAUAAGGCCCCGUUUACGUGAGACCGGGACGAAGUCAAACCGGAAUGAAAAUUGAAAUUGUCAACAUGUUUACAUGAGAUCGGUAUGAGGAUCACAAAAUCUUCAAUUUAUUCCCCUUGCCAGGCAAUUUUCUUUUUCAGGUGGCUUUUGUUAGCAUGUGUUGUUCCAAUGUCAAGGUUACAGCCGAGACCGGUCUGAAAUGUAUUUGUGUUUACAUUCAUCCCGGUCUGAAUUCAUGCCGGUCUGAAGUCAGUCGGUUUGGUCCAGAAGGCGGAAUGACUUGAGACCGGUCUGAGUUAUUUUCGUCCCGGUCUCAUGUAAACAUCUAUUAUAGAUAAUACUAUGACCGAAACGAGAUGGUCCCGGUUUGACUUCGUUCCGGUCUCAUGUAAACGGGGCCUAAGAUUUCAUACGAUUACGAUUAACAUUUCUAUAGUGCAAAUUUACAUGUGGAAUUGUGGAUAUGAUCAAAUGCGCUUUAUAUCAAGUAUUACGCUUACCUAAUUACUGAGCCUAGACUAUUUUAUCAUUACAACAAAUGUGAUAACUUUCUUUACUGUGUUUAUCCUAACCCACCCUGUCAACUUUCCCUGUGGAGGGAAGCCGGAACACCCGGAGAAAACCCACGACUUUCGGCAGAGCGUUGACUGACUGACUCUUUUCACAUGAGUCCGUAGCGAGAAUCGAAGCCACGACCUCAGAGGUGAAAGGCGCUUGCUCUAACGACUGCGCCACCGAAACCCUCAUACUGGUUACGAACAUGUACAUUGGCAAAUACAUAUUAAAAAUACCUUUGGGAGAACCUGUAAUAUGCACUGCUUUAUAUCAAUUGAGCCAGCCAGCCAGGCAAACAACCGCUGGCUAGUCCUACCCAGCACCCAGCCUGUGAGCACCUGCUUUGAAUGCUACCAGUCUGUCGGACCACCGAUCUGAAAACUAGGGCUAGCGCUGGAUAGCGCAUCUGCUAUUCAUAAAUAAACUCAAUGGCGGCCAUAUUGGUAUAACCACCAGAAAUUUACUUAUUGGUGUAAAAGGACACAUAUUGUUAGAUAGAAAUCGGUGAUCAGUGGGUUCUCCUUCCUCGUCAAUUUGCCUGUGAAUAAUUAAUGAGGUCACACAAUAUGGUCACCAUAAGUCACAAUUUACAGAAUUACUCGAGAGCAACAUUAUACAGGCAUAGCCUCGACUUCAUUGUUUGAUUUCUUUUGAAUGUUUUUCAAUCUUACGCAAUGUCUGAAGUUUCAGUCUGUCUGUUUUCAAAAGAACGAAGUCGAGGUUAUGAGUGACUCCAGUAAUUCUGCAAAUGGUCUAUGACUCUGGUACGUUCUUUUGUCAGUGAUUGAUAUUAUACAUAUCGUAUAAGGCAUACACUUUUUAUUUUCAAAAUAGGAGUACCAGAAGAUUCUCGGCGAUUUCUUACCUUUGUCAACGAAGUUCGCCGCUACCGUUCUGCAUCUUCCGCACCUGUUGUCAUUCACUGCAGGUAUGUAGCCUCGGUUAUCUAGAUUUAUAGUAACAUUAUGGUAUUUUUUAACAAAAUCGUCGAAGGAUAGGCUAUCCACAUUUCAAUCUUUGUAAAAAUACCUGAAAGGAUGUGCACGAAACCACCGAUAUGGACCCCACAGGCCCCAAUAAAUAUUAAUGCUGUAAUUGAUACUGAACUUCCGUCUGGGUUACCAAUCGACGGCCAGUUUCAGAAGGCUCAAAAACUCACUAUCCCACCUUCGUACAACUAGUCAUCUAUAUUGCGGCAUUGGUAUUGUUACAGAAAUGUUCGUCCAAUCGCCUGUCGUUCCGCCAUCGGAGGAAUUGAGGCUCCCUACCAUAUCAAAUUCAUGUUAUGUUGACCAUAGUGCAUAUUGAAACAUUGUAAAUGAUCUCAAAAGUGUCCUGGUCGUUUACUAAAUUUUUGUACUCUGGGUGCCCCAAAUUGUACAACUCCUCUGAGUGCAUCUGUAACAAUGUUUUUCUUUUCGUUAGUGCUGGUGUUGGGCGAACUGGUGUAUUCAUUACUGUGGAAACAGCGUGUUGUUUGAUCGAGGCUGGUGUAGCAGUUUACCCUGAACAGAUGUUGGAUACCCUACGUGAUCAGAGACCAUCAUUGAUUCAAACACCUGUAAGAUUUUAAGAUUAUAGGACAAUAUUAACAACCUCAAUUUACAUACUGUACAUUCUCAAUCUAAUUCGGAUACUAAUCCAGACUUUAAUCCUACCAAAGUUGCAAAAGAGCUGCGGGUGUGCAGGUACCACCCGUGCGAGAAAGGUUUACUGCAAUGGGAAGGUUUAAAGUGGGAUUUAUUGAGUAUUUUUGCGCUGGUAACUAUCGCAAUCAAGUGACUAGAACAUUGGAGUAAACAGUGAAAACUGAUCGAUAUUCUAUAAUAUGUACAGGGUCGUACAGGUAUUUAGCAUUCUUAAUUAACAAUUGAUAAACGAUGCUAAUAUAGCAGUACGUCAGUUGUCUCCGAUAGACAAGUAAACUCUGCCUUUCCAGUUUUCCGGUAUUUUCCAUGCCAUCAACCAGACUAGUUAACACUAAACAGCAGUCAUUACGAAUAUGACAAAUCAUACUCAGGAAAAACUUGAUUUUAAGAUGGAAUUAUUGAUAUAUUUUGUGAUCAAAUUUGCAAAAGCCAAAAUUCGCAUUAUUUUGAGGAAGGUUUUAAAAACUUGAUGUCCUGCCUGGAGGAAGGUUGAAGACUUUUUGCAGCUCUGAAUCACAACUGAUCCGAAUCCGUUAUCGUAAACCAAGUAUCCCUCAGUCCAAAAGUUAAUCCUUGUGACAUCUUUCCGGGAUGGUGGUAAUACAGAAAGUUAUACCCUGAUUAUUUGAAUAUUGUAUUCGCUUUAAACAAUCGUAGUUCAUGUCAACAUCAUUUCUUUUCCUCUUUAGGGACAAUUCAAAUUUACAUGCGAAACAAUUCUGGACAUUUAUCAGGGUAAGUUCCUCAAAAAUAUUUAAAAGGUCCCAAAGAUGAUUUCGCACAUUCAUCUGCACUGCAUGCAGAUAGUGACAAAAUUUAUGGACCGACAGGCAAAAAGUAAAAACCCAUCUCCUAUUCAAAAUUUGGAGAUUUCUUACAUCUGGUUUGAAUAAUUUAAAUUGCUGACAGCUGUACUCUCAACUGUCUUUAGAAGCCAGUUAACUUUCAUCCUGGCAUUGUUUGCAAUUACAUUAUUUCUGACAUGAUUUUCUUGUUACUUUGGUAGUGGUUUAUAUGAAUACAAUUGCUUGAUGUAAUUAUGUUUAUUCAUACUCACAAGGCCACACUUCUACGCAGCAUUUCUGCCUAUGACGAUUGUUUGUGGUAAUGACCCGCGUGUCGUUCCACGCAGUCAUAUUAUUUCUUUAACAUACGUGAUCGGCCAACGCUGAAUUCUUCUUGGUUAAAGUUUUGAGAGUGUGGUCACGUUAGCUAUAUGCCACAAAAGUUGGAGUAUCUCACCUUCUUCACCGAUGACGUCAUUUUUCGCGUAUAUAGGGAGCCUGAUAAAGGCGCAAGACUGUACUGUCGAAAGGAUGGGUCGUUAGUGCAAUUCGAUUCCAUUAAUUCGUUUAAUCACUAAAUUAACCCACAAGUGAGUUGCGAGCGACAUAUAUAGGCGUAUGGGGCUGAUGCUUUCCGGGAGGAGGGGUAGUUGAACGUUUGCCCGAAUUUUUAUGGAGGAUUGUAAUGAAAUGAUAAAUUAAUCUGCCCGAAUUUUCUUGAUUUUUCCUAGCAUUUGCCCGAAUUUCCAUGGUUUUUCUAAAAUGUUUUGUUUUCUAAAAUGUUCAGUUGCCCCCCUGUCUUGUACGCCUAUGGUGAGCGAAAACGUGUAUGAUAUUAACCUGGUUGCCGUCUGCUAACAAACUAAAUUUUUUCUUCCAUAUUAUAGAUCACUUCCUAAAAACGCAAUCAAUGAAUGGACGAUAAAUAUCGUGAAGUUGUGAAACAUACAUUCCCUAUCGUAUGUUACAACAAUACACUCGAUAAUCCUUGGUUACACUUCUCCGAAUUUGCAAUUAAAAAUGGAAGGUUCUUAAGAACCUAAUCUGCGUCAACGAAGAAGAGCAAAGAUUAUAUAAUUGCAAAGUUGACAUUACAUCUUGUGCAAAUUGAUUAAAGACAAAAUUGAACAAAUAUAUAUUUUACAAUAAAUUAUGAAUUAUAUAAAAAACUAAUUGUUAUUAUAAAACAUAGCAGAAAUUAAUUAUUAAAUAGUAUAGCAGACAACUGUAAAUUAGUCAUGUCGCACUAAAGCCAGGAUUGCCAUGACUCGGGGUUUUCCUUCCUCUGCAGUCUCCUCAGCUUUCCAGGUUACAAUCAAAGACAAUUUUUCCAACUUAAUUCAAGAGCAAUCCAUCCAACAGCAAAUUUUAGGUUGGGUGAACAUUGAUCAUUGGGACUGAGUCUUGAAGAGUCGCAAAUAAAAAAUUAUAGAACUUGUAUGUACAUGAAAAGAAUAGUAGGUAUAUAAUAGUAAAUUAAAGUACGUCAAACCUCAAUUAGGCUGCUUCCCACUGCAUAUGAAAAUAGUACGAACAACCAAGUACAAUUGGAUAUGGUUAUUCUCGUAUUUAAUUUCAACAAGAUUAAUUCAUACCCAUUGAAAUGAAUAUAACUGGAACGUUGAAGCCAAAUCUUGACCUCUGGGGGUCAAAACCUGCGUGUUUAUAUCGUGAAAAGACUUAGCCUGUGUCCCAGUCCACUUCACCGUAGUGAGUGAAGUCACUGAAGUGGACUGAGCAGCAUAUCACGUAGUGUUAGGGAUUAUCCUUAAUUGUCAAACUUGCUAAGAUUAAGGAUGUGCCUUAUAUUAAGUUGAACUCUAACCCUGAUUUAAUCUUAAUCUGGCCCUAAUGUAAUCCUAAUCUAAAAAUGACUACCUUUUUUUAAAUAUUCCCACCCCUGCGAGAUAGGAUAAUCACUAAUACUACGUGUGAGGAUAUGGGACUGACCUUCAAGUUUGGUUUCAAAUUUCCGGUUGAAGGUAGCGUUCCAGUUAUAUUCAUUUCAAUGUUCAUACAUAGUGGUAAAACCACUGGUAUAAGCACAGAGUGCUCGACUAUGUCCUAUUUAAUAUAUCAAUACAAAUAUCCAUAAUACAUAACCUCCAAUGGCAAUGCAAUUCCACCAAAGCGGUCAUGACAGUGCAGAGUGCAAGUGAAAAACUGACCACUUUGAAAUAACUGUAUGGCGAUUAUGUAUGGAUAUUUGUAUUGAUAUACAUUGUGAGACACUGGAAAUAUUACUGGAAUUAAACGUGCUCAAAUCACAACCAAGCUAACACAUAAAGAUAAGUACACCUACUGUAAUUGUAGCAGAGAUAAAUGAAUUUUAUUUAUCAAUUUAAGACAAUAUUCUAGCAAUGAUUUGACAGUCUAAUUCCAAAAUAAAUUUAUAUUUAACGACUACCUGUUCUAUAAAUAGCCGCAACGUGAUUCUGGCCAGCCUGUGCUUAACGGAG